AUGAAGGUUUUGCGAGAUCUGCUCGACCAAGCCGAGCCCCUUUUCCACAAGGGGGGGCGGCUGGAAAAGCUCUACGCCCUGUACGAGGCAGCCGAUACAUUCUUAUAUACGCCCGGUCGCGUCACCGACGGACCGACGCACGUGCGCGACGGCAUAGACCUCAAGCGCACGAUGGUUACGGUCGUCGCCGCGCUAGUGCCCUGUAUCUUCAUGGCCAUGUGGAACACCGGCUAUCAGAUCAAUCUGGCCAUGCAGCAAAUGGAGGCCGCCACGACGGGCGAAUGGCGCGGGAUAAUCAUCGACAUCCUCGGCAUCGGCUACAACCCCCAUAACCCGCUGGCCAAUAUAUUCCACGGCUUCCUCUAUUUUUUUCCAGUCUUUUUGGUGUGCAAUAUGGUGGGCGGUCUGUGGGAGGGGCUUUUCGCGCUGGUUCGCAAGCACGAGAUCAACGAAGGCUUCUUGGUGACGGGCAUGCUUUUUCCCCUGACCCUGCCGCCGACGAUCCCCCUGUGGCAGGUGGCCAUCGGCAUCAGUUUCGGCGUGGUGCUGGGCAAAGAGGUCUUUGGCGGCACCGGCAAAAAUUUCCUCAAUCCAGCGCUGACCGGGCGGGCCUUUCUCUAUUUUGCCUAUCCGCGCCGAGAUCACCGGCGACGCGGUCUGGGUCGCGGCCGACGGCUUUACGCACGCUACCCCGCUUGGGGGCUGCUGCCGCCGACGGCAUGGCAGCCUUUACCAGCUCGGUGA